AUGGCUGCGUCGCACAUCCUUAGCGCGGUGGAACCGAGCGUAGGCGGCGGAGCGCGCGGCGGCCGCGAACGCGAGGUCGGCGUAGCACUCGAUGACCGCGACCUCUGGGUGCGCUUUCAGACCCUCACCAAUGAGAUGAUUGUCACCAAAAAUGGAAGACGUAUGUUUCCUGUCGUAAAAGUGACGGCGAGUGGACUUGACCCGACGGCGAUGUAUACGGUAUUAUUGGAGUUUGUGCAGGUCGACUCACAUCGAUGGAAAUACGUCAACGGAGAAUGGGUACCCGGUGGAAAAGCAGAAGUCCCACCUUCCAACGCCAUCUACAUUCACCCGGAGAGCCCAAACUUCGGUGCACAUUGGAUGAAGGAACCAAUAUCAUUUGCUAAAGUCAAACUCACGAAUAAAACUAACGGAAAUGGACAGAUAAUGCUGAACUCACUGCACAAGUACGAACCGCGGGUGCAUCUGGUGAAAGUUGGUACGGACCUGCGCCGCAUCAUGACGUACCCGUUUCCAGAGACACAGUUCAUAGCCGUCACGGCGUACCAGAAUGAAGAAGUCACUUCCCUCAAGAUAAAAUAUAAUCCCUUCGCGAAAGCUUUUCUCGAUGCGAAAGAACGACCGGAGGGAUACUAUCAAAGGGACUUCGUUGGAACUCAUUACCCACAACAAAGUAACUCCCCGCAUCAAUACCCACAAUUUGGCGGAUGGUUCGUUACAUCUCAGUCGUUGUACGGCAGCAGUAACACCGUGUCGAGAAGACCGGCCCCGUACCCGCCGCGGCCACCUUCAAGACCUAGGACACUAUCGCCACCUUCUACGUACAGCAACGCGGAACGUUCUUCUGCCGGCGCGUCCAACGGUAGUAGCAGCUACACGUGGGCGGGCAGCGGGUACUGGAGCGCGGCGCAAAACAGCCCGCCGCAACCCGCCUCGCCCGCGCCCUACCGCACGCCACCGCACGCCUACCCCGCGCCUCUCGAGUACUCGCCCGCCCCCGCGGCCACAGCCACGCCGGCCGCGGCGCCUGCCCCGCUCUACCCCCUCCAGUACGACGCUCCCGCGCAGCACCACUCGCCCUACUAUCAACACGCAUACGCCCCGUACGCUCAUCACGCUAUAGAAGACAUUUCUUAUUGGCCAAACAGUUUAAACACAUACGGCUACCAACCUUCGGAAUACGUUGGCACUGGGGAAGUGGCUUACGGUACUGAUGGUAUGUCCUUUGGCCCAAGCGGGCCUACGCUAGAAGCGACUAGUGGGGAGGGUCGCAACACACCGUCCGGCUCUGAACACCAAUCCGGGGAAAGGGAGUACAAAUUCAGUACGGAAGAAGAACGCCAUUCCCCGUGCGAGGAAUCAGCGUUACCUCCACGAUCACCAACGCAGUGA